UUUGUGAAUUUGUGCAGUACUUAGUGUGGGCCAACCCCCGUGAGUGAGCGAUUUCCGGCUACUUCCGUGUGCUCAUGUGAUUCCUUUUUUACAGGACUGUGGAGGUGGUGUGGUGUAAUGGCAAGUGACAAAUACCAGAUAGUGGUGCAAGGAGAGGCGUCAGAGACCGACUCAGAUGAUGAGGUAUACAUCACCUCCCUCUCUCCACAUUCAACAGCCGGAGGGCAAAAGGUACCAGGGGAAGCAUCUGAGACUGAGAGCGAGGGGGAGGUUGAGAACGCACGGAAAUGUGUCACUGCUGCAAGCUCUGAAAACACACAAAUAUUACGCAAGGACUUAACUCCCCUGCUUGUGAUCAGAGACAACUCUGACAUUCAGUCCGUGGUAGAGGAGAGGGUUGUUUCUCAGCCCGAACACAGUGGGCUCUACUACAACACUUUACUCCAGCAGAAAUUACAGGAGAGCAAUGCACGUCUGUGCACGGAUGUGUCCCAGACCAUCAAACAGGUGUAUGGUAAUGCCACAAAGGAGAUCCGCAUGGCCACGACCCACCUGACCGUCUCCCAGAACGGAAUCAUCAACGCCUCCCACAGCAUCCGACUCAUUCUGGAGGACCUCAAGUCUGUCUCAGAGAAAAUGGACAUUAUCACCAGCUGUUACCUUCUCCCCGAUAUUACCAUCCCCUCCUCUCCCACUACCCCUAUUCCCGGCCAAUGAUCUUCCUUAUGAUGUUCCUUGUUCAAUAUGCUUUCAUAUGUCUUAGGUAGGCUAAACAACGGGCUGGAGUAUUGUUAUUUGUAAAAGGCACUUGCAUUAGGUGAAUAAAUGAUGCAUGCUGUUUUGCUA